GGUGUCACAUGAGCAUGGGAAUUGGGGAAGAAGAAUAGAAGAAAAGCGUUUUGAUUGAGAGAGAGAGAGAGAUAUGGCAAUUUGUAGCAGUAGAUGGUUGGCCUUGGCAGUCAUAAUAUUCAUGGCCGGAAGUUUGAUCUCCAGCAAGGGUGUCUCAUCCCAGGGAUGUGGACUUGAUCUUAUGGGUUUAGUGUAUAAAUGCUUACCCAUCAUUCAAAAUCUGGUGGUGGAGGAGGUAACACAGUCUCAUUGGUGUUGUGGUGCGUUGAAGAAUGUGGAAAUCCCAUGCGUCUGCAAGUACAUUACCAAGGAAUUGGAGGAGCUGUUCAGCAUGGAUAAGGUAGUCGAUGUUGCAGAGCAGUGUGGAGUGACUCUUCCCCAUGGGAUGAUAUGUGGAAGUUACACCAUACCAAAGGCAUGAAGCUGAGAGAAAGGAGGAACAUAGGCACUUUGGUGUUUUUGAACUUUUAUAUUGUAAGAGAUCAUCUCUGUUAUGUCAUUGAAACUAGAAUAAUACAUUUUUGUGGCUUCUUCCCCAUCACCCACCCCCCCAACCACCC